GGACGCCAGCAGUCGCCACCGGUUCUACUUGUAACUUGUGUCGAGUCGUCUACCAUGACAGUUAUUAGUGUGACACGAGUGCGACGUUGAAUUUUGAUCUACUAAUAACGAUAAAAGAAUCGAUUCGAUGGGCUAAGCUGGAGUAUGCCUUCGAACGUUCGUCUGUGCUCGUUUUACGACUGAACAAUGGUAUUCGUGUUCGUGUUCUACCUAACAUAGUGCGUCGCAUUAGAAUAGUCGUUCGCGUUCUAAACACGCGUUUUCGUUCUGGUGAAUGGCGGGUGGCGAUACGGUGACGGUUCUGUGACGUGUGUCUGGUGUUGUGUCGACUGUCAGCUAUCUCGUGUAUUUGGAAUCACGGUUUUUCUUCGUCGUACGUUUGUGGUUAAAAUUUCCGAUCGCUUCGACACCGACGUAAACUACGUUAACUUAUCGCGCUGUUGCGCCGUAUAAAAUUAGUCUCUCGAUUACAUGACAGUUGUUUACCAGCAGAACGUUUUAGUCGAACGAAACAACGGGAGUACAAGGUGUGGUGGAAAGUGACAUGUAGACUAUAGACGACCUACGCUAGGUGUUCUUCGUUCUAGCUUUUCUUCUCCCUUGCUUUCUGCUCGUUUCCUAUUCCGCGUGUAUUUCCUUGUUACCUCGUUGUUUAUAGAAGUUUAGACACGCGGUUGUUUUAGAUUUUCACGUUUCCAUUUCGCCUCGUUUCGUCGAUCUACCGAGUCUACGGAUUUGACACCUGAAACGAAGUUGUUUAGUUCGGCACGGAAUGCAGUGUUAUCUACACGGUCGGUUCGAUGGACACUAUCGCGUUAUGUUCGUGGAGUCGACUGAAAUACGCGACUGUGCGUAAAAGUGUGCGUGUGUCGGCCGAGCAAUUCAGAGAGGAGAUAUCUCGUGGUAUCUCUUUCUGGCGUUCAGCUCGAGAUCUUUAUCGUGAGUCAGAAGAUGUUUAACUUUAUGAAGAAAGCCACGGAGAAGGACGACAAGGAGAAGAGGAAGCGCGAAAAAAAGGAGCGAAAAGAUGUCAAGAAACGCGACCGAAGUAGUAUGUCCGCGGAAGAAUUACUGCGCUUGGACGAAGUUCGAAGGUCGUUGAAAAUACCAGGACGACGAAAGGAGAAAGAGAAGUUACCGAGCGGCAUCACCGCGGACUAUAGUGCUUCGUUUUUCGCGUACUUAGAUCGGGAUCUGUUAGAAAAUUCCCAAAACUCGUCGAAUUCGGGGCAAGGUGCGCGUGUUAAUAACAAUUCGACGAAUAGGACGCCGGAUGGUUUGAUACAGAGUGACUCGUCGGAAACUUCGUUGACUUCUUUAACUAUCAACACGUUGUCGUCGGCGACCUCGGUGAACGCCAUCGGCCAGUUGGUUAAAAAUUUGCCGCCGUUACCACCGAAGCCGCCCAAACGGGGAAUUCUGAAGGGGUCGCGUCUGAGUGCUAGCAACGCGUCGAACGCACACGCGGAGGAGAACGCGUUGUCGAACGGCGACGAAACUAAUUAUCAAGAACCGAACAACCUGUUAGCAAGAAACACCCUUCAAAAUGAAGUGAUCGCCUAUCAGAACGUGCCCACGCAUUUGCACGGAUUGGGAACCGCUUUGAACAAAGAAGACGUUUGCAGCGAAGAAGAAACGUUAGCCUGUCCGAAUUCCUGGCAAAUUUCACCCCAACGGUCUGUCCAAUAUAAUCAGCAACAGCAACAGCAGCAAGAACAACAACAGCAGUACAAUCACCAUCAUUAUCAUCAUCCUCAACAUCAUCAGGGCGAUACGAAGCUUUUACAAGUGGUAACCAGUGCUAGUCCGUCGGCGGAUUCCUUAACGGAUACGACGAAUUCAAGUUUUGCCACGCCGCCCUUCAGCCUGUCGCCGAUCGGAGAAUCCCAAGGUUUCGUAAGAUGGCGGUCGACGGUGUCGUUUGAGGAACACGGUGUCGAGCUACAACUGCCCGAAAUUAUACCGUUGGAACUGCCGGAACCUCGAGGGUUGACGAUCUAUCGGCAACCACCCCCGCGAAACGAUUUCGGAUUUUCGUUGCGCCGCGCCGUUGUCGUGGAAAGGGCCGCCGGAGGAGGUGGAACACAGAUGAGAUCGGUGAUUUUUGCGGAACCCGGUUCGCUGGUACAACACAACAACGACACCGGCCUGUUACCCGGCGACAGGUUAAUCGAGGUCAAUGGAAUCAACGUUGAUGAUAAAUCACGCGAGGAAAUUAUCGAUCUCAUCAAGCGGUCCGCCAACAGCGUCGUGGUAAAGGUGCAACCAGUUGCAGAACUGUCAGAAUUAUCGAGACGAGGUGACAACGAAGGGCAACAGGUUGAGCUUGCUGCCGCGAAUAUUCGUAGCGGCACGCUUCGACGAUCCGGUAGCUUACGACUUCAAGAUAGCAUGGCACGGUCCGAAGAACACUUGGCGCAGGAACAGGCAUGGCUGAAUUACGAAAAAAUUUGGUUGUUGCAUCGAGGUGGUUUCACUCUCGCCACGAGGUACGGCUCGGCGGAUCCGGAUACGGGAAAGUUGAGGAUUCGGUUGGCUACUUCCGGCGAGGAACUUCUUGUGGACGAAGAGGAUGUGGAGAAGGCAAAUCCACCGCAGUUCGACAAGGCCGAAGAGCUGUCCCGGCUGCGGUUUCUUAACGAGUCUUCUGUUCUUCACACACUGAGGCAACGUUACGCUAGUAAUUUAAUACAUACUUAUGCGGGCGAUAGUAUGAUCAUCAUUAAUCCAGUGGCACCAUUAGCAAUUUACUCGGAGAAGGUGGCGCUUAUGUUCAGAGGAUGUAAGAGCGAAGAUGUGCCUCCUCAUGUUUAUGCAAUGGCGCAAGCAGCUUACAGAGGGAUGUUAGCAACUCGAAGAGAUCAUUCCUUAGUUUUCCUCGGCCGUAGCGGAUCGGGCAAAACUACGAACUUUAAGCAUGCUCUUCAUUAUCUUGUUCUGGCUGCUGGUACAGUUAAUAAAAUCCUGACUAUUGAGAAACUCAAUGCCGUCUUCACUGUCCUAGAAGCAUUUGGGAAUUGCAAAACAUACAUGAAUUCGAAUGCAACACGAUUCACUCAACUAUUUAGUUUAGACUUCGAUCAAUCGGGGCAGAUUGCGUCCGCCUCUUUACAGGUGCUACUAUUAGAGAAGUCGAGGAUAGGUAAACGAGCAAACGGGGAUCCAACCUUUCAUGCGAUGUACCGCUUGCUGGCAGGCGCCGAGGGUGUCUUAAGAAGGGAAUUGCAUCUUACGAAUUUAGUCGCGGAAAAUAAUUCGUUCAUCACGCCUCUGCAGAAGCACGAAGACAAGCAGCGCGCCAUGGUGGAAUUUAAUCGGAUCGUGGCCGCCUUUAGGACUCUUGGUAUAUCGGAAACCGAUGAAAAAGCGAUUUGGCUAGUACUCACUGGUAUAUAUCACCUGAGUUGCGCGGGUGCCGUCAAAGUCGGUACUAGUUCUCAAAGUCGAUGGCAGUUUGCGAGAGUAGAAUGCGCGGAGAAAGCAGCCACAUUAUUGGGAACCACGGUCGAGGAAUUGAGUAGAGUAGUGUUCUCUUGGAACGGAGGUGGUGGCACACCCAAUACUCCAAGGCCGACAUUGCGAACUCCAAGUCCUACGGAGCAAAGCAAGGACAUAACUGGACUCGAUGCUCUCGAAGGACUUCUCAUCGGGCUUUAUUCCGAAGUGUUUCACUGCAUCGCGGCUCAUAUUAAUAAAUCCAUAUCAUCGUCCGUGCACACGGUCGCAUCUUUAUUGCUGUGCGAUUCACCGGGUUUUCAGAAUCCUGCUACCUGCGGGAGACAAACCGGAGCUUCUUUCGAAGAUCUAUGUCAUAAUUAUUUACAAGAACGUUUGCAGUUACUAUUUCAUCAUACGACACUGAUAGCUCCGAGAGACAGGUACAUCCAAGAAGGAAUUGACGUAGAUUACGAAGAUGACUACGAUGAAAAUGGUAUCGGAUCUCCACAAGGUUUGAUUUCAUUAUUGGAUCGUGGAAGUUCCCAAGGUGCAACAAUGUUGCGAACUAGCCAAAAUGAUCUUAGCGGGGGUAGACAGAUGGAACGAAAGGGGCUUUUGUGGUUACUAGACGAAGAGGCAGUGUGCCCCGGAGGUAGCGACGAGACUUUUUUAGAUCGACUGUUCUCUCAUUACGGCGAUCGAGAUCACCAGAUUUUAUUGAGGAAAGCACCCGGUAGCAAUCAGUUCAUUUUGCAACAUUUAUUGGGGACUAAUCCUGUGCUAUACACGGCCACUGGUUGGCUGAAAGCUACUCGAGAAAAUCCGGUUACUAAAAGUGCCAUUACAAUUUUCCAAGAAAGCACAAGAGAAGAUGUAAACAUGCUGUUUGUAAACGCGCGAGGUGCUGGAGUCUCUGGAACUUUAUGCAGUUCGAUGCCCGGCUUAGAAGGUUCGCAGUCUUUGAGAAGAGCUUCGAGUAUUAGACGAACGUUUACGGCUGUGAAAAGGAAAAAUGUUUGUCUGCAAGUUAAAUUUACCGUUGAUGGCCUGGUCGAGACAUUGAGGAGAACACGAGUCAAAUUCAUCCAUUGUGUAUUGCCGCAACACACUUCUGGUAGCACCGACAGUAAAAGCUUAUUAUCCGUCAAAUCUAAUCAAAACGAAGACAGUAUCAUUAACGUGCCCCUUUUACGUUCCCAGUUGCGAGGAAGUCAAAUAAUUAACGCCGUUCGGCUGCACAAGGUCGGAUUUCCUAAACAUAUGGCAUUAGGUGAAUUUAGAAGGCGAUUCAGACUAUUGUCCAGCGAAUCGAACGUUCGACCGGGCAGCCCUGUAGGCGAUGAACGUCGUACCGUUGAAAACAUGCUACUGACCGUUGACAUUGAUCCAGCUUCUUACCGAGUCGGACAAAGCCAGAUAUUUUUCAGAUCGGGUACCCUGGAACGGCUGGAGGCGCAAAGAGAUGAGAAACUAACUGGCCACAUAGUUCUUUUGCAAGCAAGGUGCAGAGGAUACUUGGCACGUCGUAAACUCAACACCUUGAAAUUACAAGAUCUUGCAGUCAGAUGCAUACAGAGGAACGUUCGAAAAUGGAUGUCCGUACGAGAAUGGCCAUGGUGGAGAUUAUACGUGAAAGUUGCACCUUUGUUGAAUGUUCAUCGGACGGAAGACCAGUUAAAAGCAAAGACGGAGGAGCUCGAGAUCUUCAAAGCAAAGGUCGAGAGGUUGGAACAAGAACGCAAUCAUCUAAAGCAUGAUAAUGACAUACUGGAGACUAAGUUAAGCGAGAUGUCCGCCGAGUUCGCCGAAGAACACUCGACGUCGACUUUGGCGGCGGAAAGGAUCAACGCGGAGACGUCGGAGCGGCUGCGGCUCGAGAAGGAGCUGCAGGAUGUCACCGAGACGAACAAGAAUCUACAGCAAGCGACCGAACGGCUCGAAAUGGAGCUCUUGUAUGCGAGGGCUGCCGAUUUAAACGGCGUUGCGUCCGACGUGGAGGACGGCGAGGAUGGUGGUGUUUACAAACAGAGAUACGAGCACGCGGUCAGAGAACUUGAGUUCACCAAAAGGAAAAUGGCGCAGCAACACGAAGACGACCUCGAACAGUUGGUGGGGCUUAAGAAACAAUUGGAGAAGAAGUUAACCGACGCUUACGAAGAAGUAGAGGAGCAACGCCAAAUUGUCGGACAGUGGAAACGCCGCGUACAAAAGUUGAACGGUGAAAUGCACGACGUCAGACUUCUCCUAGAAGAACAAACAGCUAGAAACAAUCUCCUAGAGAAAAAGCAACGCAAGUUCGACUCGGAAAUGCAGAAUUUGUUGAACGAUAUCCGGCAAGAGAAGGGGCAACGGGAGAAAUUGGCGAGAGAAAAAGAAAUAGCGCUCGCCGAAAAGUUUACCAUCGAACAAAAUUUAAGCGACGCAAGAUUAGAGAUCGAAUUGAAAGAAGAGAGAUUACGCACGCUGAGCCAGGAAUUGGAAGAGCUGACGUUUGGUGGUAAAACCGAGGAGGAAGUGGCACAGUUGAAGAAAGCUAAACACGAGCUCGAGAAGCGGGUGAAGGAUCAAGAGGAAGAGCUCGACGAUCUGGCCGGGCAAGUGCAGCUUCUCGAACAAGCAAAGUUACGGCUCGAAAUGAAUUUCGAACAACAGCGAAAGGAAAUGCGCAAAGAGAUGCAGCAGCGGGACGACGAACUGGAAGACAUACGCGGCAACGUGCUGAAAAAAGUCAAAGCUUUGGAAUCGCAGUUGGAGAAUGAAUACGAGGAGAGGACCAUUCUGCUUCGCGAGAAACACGAACUGGAGCGCCGCCUAGUAGCCAUAGAAGAUCAAGACCGAACCGAGCGAGCCGCGGAAGCUGAGACUGUGCACAGGUUGAAGAGGGACUUGAAGAGAACGAAAGUAUUGCUCAGAGACGCUCAAACGAUGCUAGAACGAUCGAAGAGCGAUUCAACGGGCAAAGCAGCGUUACGACAAUUGAAGAACCAAUUGGAAGACGCAGAGUGUGCUCGGGCAACCGCGAUUAAAGCGAAACAGGCGCUCGAACAGGAAUUGAAUGAGACGCAAGCGUCGCUGGAAGAAGCAUUACGACAACGUUCCGAGGCCGAAGAUCGAGCGAAUGUAGCCAAUCGCGAGAGAACCGAACUGCUUUCGCAGCUGGAGGAAAACGAGGAGGAGCUUGCAGAGGUUUUGAAGAAAUAUCGGGCGGCAGUUCAACAAGUAUCGGCGGAGCAGGCACAGUUACAAGAGGCUCAAGUACAAAUUGCCGCUUUGGAGACGGAAAGGAACUCUCUGAAAGAUCAACUCUCAGAGCUAACCCAACGAUUAGAGUCUGUCGAGCAACUCGGUGAUCCUACAGCGAACAGUCUGGCCACGAGACGCCUCGAAUUUCGUGCUAAAGAGCUUGAAAGUAAAUUAGAGUUGGAGCAAACGACGCGAGCACGCUUGGAGACGCAAAUAACAAGGCUGAAAGAGAACGUCGAAAAAUUGCAAAUUGAAACGGCUUCGUUGAAGACGAAAGAACAGACGGCUCAAGAAACCGCGAGACGAUUGCAAAGAUCGUUGCGCGAGGCACGCGACGAGGCUGCGUCUUCGUUGACCCGCGAACAAGAAGCCACCCGUGCUCGCCGCGAAUUAGAAAAAUGUCUUGAGGCCGCCGAAGCAGAGACCAAAGUCGCCAAAGACGAUCUAAGACUAGCACUUCAAAGAAUUGAUGACCUACAAAGCGCGAUUCAAGGUGACCUGGAUUUGGACUGCAGCGAAGAGGCAACGACUGAAAACAGUGAUAGUGAUUGAUCCGCACCUUUGUCGGAUUUUGCGUCCGAUGAAAGCAAAAAUGAAGAUUUGACUGCUGAGCCCACUGUCGAGGAAUUAUUAAUUAACAUGAAUUGAAAAUAAGGUGCAAAAUAAAGCAAACAAUGAUUAAUGUAGGGUGAUCAGAAAAGAAAAAUCUUUGGUCUGGAAGGUGAAAAUAUUGGUCACCUAGACAGAAAGUUCAUGUGAACAAAUCAAAGGGAUUGAAAUCAAAAUACUACUAUUUACAGUAAGUUCUUAAAAACACCAUAACAUCGUCAAAAUAAUACAUAAUUUGUAUACGACUUACUUUCGUGAUGUUAAAAAACAGUUUCACAUUGCUCUUCGAGGGAAUUAACAUUUAAUAUACAGGCUGUCCCGUUUUAAGUAACGCACUCAAUUAUAUCUCCUAAGCAAAUUCAUUUCACUUUCCGUUUAUUCUUUGCUAACAAAAGUUGGGCACGAUAAAAAAUAUCGAAUAUCGUUGCUUUCUCUCUCCUUUCUUACGUUUACGAAACUUUAAUCGAGCCAACGAACAAAAUAAGUGCUAAUACAAGGAAUCGGAGAAAUGUGAAACAGUUUUAUCGUGCUUACAAGGAUUAUAUACGCAUGUUCAUAUGGAUUCUUUCUCAUAAUUAUUAGACUGUGGAUGUUCUUACAAAUAGAAAUUUUUGUAGUCGAAAUUUACAGAAACCGGAACCGAAGGGACAUUUGUUCGUCCCGUGAAAAGUUUUAUGAAAUUUCAAACGAGAGAACGAUCUCGUUGCCGAUCGUUAAACUUUUUCUACCAUCGAAUAUUGUACGAACGCAUACGCAUGUUAUAAACGCGUAAAAUCUACAGUCGAGUAACGAUCAAUGCUAUCACUUGACAAAGUGUUUUUCAUUUCCGAAUUACUCUAUGUAUAGCCCUAUCUAUACAUGCUAGUUUAGGAUAGACAGAAUUAGUUAUUCAUUGUCGAAGCGACCGCCACUGCCGAACAAUAUCAAAAUAUUAUCUUCAUAAUAGCGAACGAAAUGGAAAGAAUAAGAAUUAAAUUGCAAAUUAUCUUUUAUAAAACUGUAUGGUCGGUAGACUGGAAAUUUUAGAUAAAUACGAAAGCGACGAGGGAAAUCGACUCUGUGCGAACGAAUUGUCUAUGCGACCAACUUGCUGCGACGCCUGCGACCCUUUCGCUUGUCGAAACAAUCAACAAAGUAUCUAGGUGCUAACUAUAAUUCCCAGUCAACGUGUAUGUAAUGGCUUUUGUGCUUUACUUUGCGAUGCACGUUUCGACGAUAUAUUAUCCGACAGUAGUCGACGUCGAUGUUGUCGUCCUUCCAGUCUUCCACAGGAUUACGAACUUCUGGAUAUUGUAGCGUCGAACGCUCGCGCUCACACGUUUGAUAAUCACAUUAUAGCCUUUCAAUAGCAUUGUAUACAUGCAGUUUGUAUGCGCAGCGUAAAUGGAAAUCGAAGCUAAACUUCUUUAUAAGCAAAAGAAAAAAAAGUCGUACUCCACGAUUUUUUUAACACAUCGCUACCGAGUUAACUGUGUUGGUUACUCUUUGAAAUUUGUAUUAUAUGAUGCGAGUCAUAACGUCUUUGGUUUCUUAUAAAAGAUACUUGUGUAACUUAUUGCUUUGUAAAAUGCAGAUACCUUAUUUAAUUAACUGAGCUACCCGUUAUUUUCUAGCCCUUCCGCAACAUUACGACCCGUUAUUACUUGCGGAGAAAGUUAAUCUAUUACAUUCGAACAUAUCAAAUAACACACUAAUCAUCCAGUUAAAUAAUAGCGUAAAAGCAUUUUUAAAACAUCUAGUAUGUGUGAGAUUGUUAUUAUCGAAUACACGAAGUUAAUGUAAGAGAUUAAUUUUCUAAAGAUUUCAUUAAAAUCGUUAAAAUUUA